CUGGUCAAUCGGGGAACAACAAACGAUCAAGUGGUAUUCUAUUCUCUGUUGGAUCUACACGAAAAUGAACGACCCGGAUGUCUCCAAGCAGAUCCAGCAGAUGGUGCGGUUCAUCAGGCAGGAGGCGGAGGAGAAGGCCAACGAGAUCUCUGUCUCCGCCGAGGAGGAAUUCAACAUUCAAAAGUUGCAGCUUCUUGAGGCUGAUAAGAGGAAAAUCAAGCAAGAAUAUGAACGCAAGCAGAAACAAGUUGAGAUUCGUAAGAAAAUCGAGUACUCCGUGCAGCUGAAUGCUUCUCGUAUUAAAGUUCUUCAAGCGCAAGAUGACAUAGUCAACUCCAUGAAAGAAUAUGCUGCAGUAGAGCUCCUGCUUGUGAGCAACACCCGUUUGACUUAUGGAAAACUCCUUAAAGACCUCAUUGUCCAGAGCUUGCUAAGACUCAAAGAACCAGUUGUUCUGUUGCGCUGUCGCAAAGAUGAUAUUGAACUUGUGGAAUCUGUUUUGAACUUGGCAAAGAAAGAAUAUGCAGACAAGGCUAAUGUACCACCUCCUAAUAUAGUCUUAGACAAGAACACUUUCUUGCCACCUUCACCUAGUCAUGAAAAUGCUCAUGGCUCCUAUUGCUCGGGAGGUGUUGUCUUGGCUUCUAGAGAUGGUAAAAUUGUCUGUGAGAAUACACUUGAUGCAAGACUUGAUGUUGUCUUUCGGAAGAAACUCCCGGAGAUUCGGAAGCAUCUGUUCAGCCAAGUUGUUGCCUAAUCAAUUGACUCAUUUUGGUUAUUGUGAAUGCUUAUCAUGCAACGCCAGGCUGAUACUUUUCCAGUGAAUUUGUUUUCAGUUUCUAAGAACUACAGAUAAAC